AUGAUUACUCAUCUAACUGUUGGUGAACGAUGGCGAAUUAUUUCAUUACGUUUUGAUCAAGGUAUUAGCCCAAAUCAGAUAACUCGUAUGAUUAACUGUCCGCUUCAAAGUGUAUUUAGUAUAUUACGUUUAUAUCGUAAAACUAAUAAUGUUCUUGAACGAGAAGGUCGCGGUCGUCUUAAUGCUUUAAACGACGAUGAGAUUCGUGUAUUAAGACAAUUAUUAUACAGAUAUCCAAAUCAUACUUGGAACCGGACAGGCCGGUUGCCGGUCCGGUCCGGUCGAACUUUUAAAACCGGCCGGUUUUUACCAGUUUUUUUUUAA